CCAGCGGCCGCAGGGAAAGUUUACGGGACGUAGGCGGCGGCGGUGGUAGCGGUUACUAGGCGGCGGGCGGCUGACCAUGGCCCUGGCCGGGCGUCCCUGGCCUCUUCCCACAGUCUCGGGCGGCGUCUCGGAGCGGGCAGACUUCCGGGAAGGAACUGACAUGCGACUGAGCGGCGGCCGGCGCGCUUAGCGCCGCGAACAUGCGGCAGUCCCUGCGGACGACGGGCGGCGGAGAGGCGGCGGCGGCGGCUCGGGAGGCACGGAGGCGGCGGCGCCGGCGGAGGUGGCGGCGGGGACGGCCGGCGCCCGGCGUGGAGCCCUAGGAGACAGAUUGGCGCGGCCUGGUGCCUCGUCCGCAAGGAUGCUGUCCCGAAAGAAAACGAAAAACGAAGUGUCCAAGCCGGCCGAGGUGCAGGGCAAGUACGUGAAGAAGGAGACGUCGCCUCUGUUGCGGAAUCUCAUGCCUUCAUUCAUCCGGCACGGUCCAACAAUUCCAAGACGAACUGAUAUUUGUCUUCCAGAUUCAAGCCCUAAUGCUUUUUCAUCUUCUGGAGAUGGAAUAGGUUCAAGAAACCAGAGUUUCCUUAGGACUCCAAUUCAAAGAACACCUCAUGAAAUAAUGAGAAGAGAAAGCAACAGAUUAUCUGCACCUUCUUAUCUUGCCAGGAGUCUAACAGAUGUCCCUCGAGAAUAUGGCUCUUCUCAGUCAUUUUUAACAGAAGUUAAUUUUCCUGUUGAAAAUGGAGACUCUGGUUCCCGAUACUAUUAUUCAGAUAAUUAUUUUGAUGGUCAGAGAAGACGUCCACUUGGAGAGCGUACACAUGAAGACUAUAGAUAUUUUGAAUACAAUCAUGAUCUUUUCCAAAGAACACCACAAAAUCAGGGCAGGCAAGCCUCAGGUAUUGGGAGAAUUGCUGCUACAUCUUUAGGAAAUUUAACUAAUCAUGGUUCUGAAGAUUUACCCCUUCCUCCUGGUUGGUCUGUGGACUGGACAAUGAGAGGAAGAAAAUAUUAUAUAGAUCAUAACACAAAUACAACUCAUUGGAGCCAUCCUCUUGAGCGUGAAGGACUUCCUCCAGGAUGGGAGCGAGUUGAAUCAUCAGAAUUUGGAACCUAUUAUGUAGAUCACACAAAUAAGAAGGCUCAAUAUAGGCAUCCCUGUGCUCCUAGUGUACCUCGAUAUGAUCAACCUCCUCCUGUCACGUACCAGCCACAGCAAGCUGAAAGAAAUCAGUCCCUUCUGGUACCUGCAAAUCCCUAUCAUACUGCAGAAAUUCCUGACUGGCUUCAGGUUUAUGCUCGAGCCCCUGUGAAAUAUGACCACAUUCUGAAAUGGGAACUCUUCCAGCUGGCUGACCUGGAUACAUACCAGGGAAUGCUAAAGUUGCUUUUCAUGAAAGAACUGGAACAGAUUGUUAAAAUGUAUGAAGCCUACAGACAGGCUCUUCUCACAGAGUUGGAAAACCGCAAGCAGAGACAGCAGUGGUAUGCCCAGCAACAUGGAAAGAAUUUUUAAGUUAAUUUUAAAAAUUUGUUAUAUAAGGGCUUUAAUAUUUUCACAGAUAUAAAAAAACUGCAAACAAGUACUUCGGUUAAUAAGGCAGCUUACUUCUUAGAAAUUAUAAAAUGCUAAUUUUACAUGUAUUUUGUUAUCAAAAAUAAUCUUUUAUUGAGCAAAAAUAUUAGUUUAUCAUUCCAAGAGCCGUCAUGGCAAACAUCUCCGAAUACUGUAUAUUAGGAAACUGCUUAGACUAUUCUUAGUGGAGAUAAAUGCAGCAAGAAAUAUCAUUAUAUACAAGUAUAAAAUAGGAAAUGAUCACUUGGUAAAUUCUUAAACUAGAAGUACCUUUCUUUUAAAAGGAGAAAGAUAAUUUAUGCAGUAUUUUAGAUUUGCUGCUCUUGUAUGAAAAAUUGUCUGGAAUCAGUUGGUUUAAAUAUUACCAUUAUGUUGUUCAAAACAUGCAAUGGAAUUUGGGACCUUUACUGUGAUAAAUUUUUGUAUAAAAUGUAUGGGAUUCUCCUGUCCCCAGAAUAUAAAAAGCACUUUUAAAUGUAUUGUGAAAAUAUUUUUGGUGUGAAAAGGUAAAAGGCCUGUAAUAGUUCAGGAAUAAUUUAGGGUUAAGGAUUUAACUAAUAACCCAGUGGGAAAAGUAUGUGUAACACUCAAAAUUGUGAAUAUCAUUUCCUUACUUUCAGCCAGGGCUUUUUUACGCAUGGCUAUGAUGAGACCGUAGAGGAUUUCCCACAGGAUAGCAUGCACCAUUGUAAUAAUUUGGUUUGAGCUGCCAAAAUUGACAAUAAGGGAUUCAUUAAGAAAACUCAGUCAUUAAAUUGAUUUUUACUUACCUUUUAUCAUAACAGAACUUUAAAACUUUCGUAUUUUUUUCCUUUAAGAGUUAAAACAGUGUUCAUAAUUACUGAAGUACAUUUGAUUGCAGAAAAACUGAUGACUUCUAUGCCUAUGAAUCUCUAGAAUUCUGUGAAUUUCCACAUUUGUUGAAGUAGCUCUUCAGAUGUAUUUACAUGUGUUGUAAAUAAUGUAAAUGUAUUUUUAAUUCAGUAAUCUUUCAAAACACAAAGCAAAGCACUCCCAGUUAGAUAUCAAUGUAUUUGAAUCAUUGAUAAAAUGUUGAAAAUGUUAAAUGUUUGAUUUUUAUAUAACAAGCUUAUUAAAUAUAUUUUUGUGGAAACUAAAAGUGUUGUGUGAAUCCAUCCAUACAUACAUGCAUAACACUAUAAAUAUUUGAUUUUCUAUUCAAAAGGCCCAUGGGCAGAGAGAGCAGUUAGUGAAAAGGUUAUUGAAAAAUAUAGUAAAUUAAUGGAAUUUUUUUCAGUGGGAGAAAUUGUUUUGCAUGGCGUAUGAUUGAACUUUUCUAAUAAAUACACUUACAUACUUGUGAACUUUCACACAUUCUUCUAUGUUAAUCAUUCUUUCCUAUUACCCCUUUGUGGUACCAUUAAGUUAAUUAAAGCUUAGCCUUUUCUAAGAAAGUUGGGAAUUAUUCUGCAUUAGACGUCCCCAGAUAAGAGGGAUUACUUUCCUUUUUUCAUGACCAUACUUCUUUAAAAUGUGCAUCACUUUUAUAUUAUGUUUUUAUCUCCAAAAUACUUCAAUGAAAUUAUAAUUAAAAUUAUAAAAUUGAUGGUUUAAAAGAACUGGAAGUUUCUCUUUAUGGGAUUAGCAUAUUUCUUAAAAUGGAAACCUAGAUUUAUAAUGGUAUUAAAAUUAAGGAAACUGCAUUUGAAUUUAUAAAGAAAUAAGCCAUCAUCACUCUAUGUCAAUAUCUCCCAAACAUUUCAAAUCCAGUAAGCAUUUUUUUUUAAUCAGGAACCAGAGUAACCUUUAAUAAUAUUUCACAUGUUAAAAGAAUAAAACUAUGAAGAAUACAUUUCUUUGCGUACCAAAUGAAAAAAUAUACAGUGCAGUGAAACACAAAUACAAAGUAUUUUUAUGCAUUUUUAAUCAAGAGGUUUAUAUCCUGUAUUAUUAUAAAAGCAAUAUAUAGUUUUUGAUGAUGCAACUGAAAAUCUCUCUGAACUGUAUUUAAAACUUACUAAUCUCAUUGUGUAUGUAAGGUGAUACAUAUAAUCAAGACUGUUGAAUGAUGAUGCUAUAUUUAAAUAAAUAAAUAUAGGAAAAAAUUAAAAAUUC